UAUUUGAAUUUCGAACGACGAGUAACGUUUGAAGUUAAUUAAAAGACAAAAGUACUGCUUGUUUUUACGAUUUGUUUUAAAAUAGACUAAUUUUAUUCCUAUAUUGUGCGUAUAAUUUGACAAGAAUGAGUGAAUUCAAAACACCAGUGAAAGCGAGAGCGUCGGAUUUGAACGAGAAGAUUACAAUUCCUCCAUCGCCGUAUUUAAGCCGGCUUGGAUAUGGAACAGGCGUAAACGUGAUGCAGCUUAUCCGUUCUCCAAAAGCCGGACAGAUUCGCUCACCAUGGGCGCUCAAAAUGAUCAACAAGAGAGUCAAACCUUGCAAAGUUUACUCCGAAAGACUGCAGGCUGAAGCGGACCUGUUGAAACGCAUGUCUCAUCCAAACAUAGUUGGGUUUAGAGCGUUCAGUAAUGAUAAGAUAUUGUAUCUGGGGAUGGAGGCUUGUGAUUUAUCACUGGGGGAUAUGAUUGAGAACAGGAUUGAUGAUGAAGCCGAACCGUUUAGUCCGAAGCAGAUGUUGAAGGUAGCACUGGACAUAGGCAGCGCCCUAGACUACCUGCACACCACGAUGCAGAUCCUACACGGAGACAUGAAGUCCUACAACAUCCUGGUGAACGGGGACUUUGUGGUCUGCAAGCUGUGCGACUUCGGGGUCACGCUGCCGCUGGACGACAAUGGAAAAGUGGAUGUGGAGAAGGCGGGAAAGGCUGUGUAUUUUGGCACGGAGGCCUGGAGUGCUCCAGAAGUGAUUCAUGGGGGAGAAGUCACUUCUAAGACGGACAUUUGGCCAUUGGGGCUAGUCAUAUGGGAGAUGAUGGCGUUAGCCCCUCCGCACACACAGGAUACCACUAUAGAGAUGGACAGUGAAAUGGAUGAGUCUAUGAGCGAGGACUACUUUUCCGAUAAAUAUGGCACCCGCCCACCGAUACCGGGAAACAUCGAAGUAUCUCUGUACGCUGAGCCGCUUGGCGUGUUCCACGCGUGUACAGAAUGCGAGCCCAACCGACGACCUAGCGGGAAACAUCUCGCCGAUGCGGCGCAAGCUAUGCUCAAUAAGAUAUGA